UUCUCGAAAACGAAAGUAAACAAAAAAUAGGCAGGAAGUCAGUAAAAUGACCAAUGUAGAUUUGGGAUGUAACUGACUGCAACACGGCAAUUUUCAUUGGGAAUAUACAGCUACAGUGUAAGUAUUGUUACAUUAGUUGUUAGGCUUCAGGCAGCGUAACUUAUCAAGCCUCAAAUUUAACCUAAAUAACGUUAUCUUGGUUAGCGUUUAAACGUCGAGUUGGGAGUCAGGCAGCUAUCUUAGUUAAGAAAAGUUAGUGUACUGACGUGCUAGUUGGUGGCAGCAAUGCUAUAACGUUAAAUUCGUUUUGAAAUGUAAAUAGACAAGUCUUCGGAGGGUUUUUACAAGUUGAGCAGCUGCAGUCGGUAAGAAGUUAUGUAAGUCUAUCAAGGCAACGUCACAUAUUUUAAUGAUGUUGUGAUUUAUGUCUCCAUCUGUGCGGCUAAUCUUUUAACAACGUUGGUUGUUAAUCAAGAGAUGUAGGCCUGCUUUGCCGUGUAUGAACUCAAGAGCCACUGGUAUCCAAACCUGUGCUGUGGUGUGGUGUGGUGUGAUCUCGAAACUACCGUCAAACAAGACUGAACCUGUGCGCAGCAACACGUGCCUCUCUUCUCCCUAGAAUUUUACAGGUCAUGGCAAGCGCACCUCCGAUGGACUUCAACAACUACUAUGGGCAGCCACAGCCUCCGUCAUAUGAGGAGACUGUGGCUGCACCCCAGUAUACUUACAGUAACACAGCCCCUCCUCCUGUUUAUGCCAAAACGCCCCAGCCAGCCUAUCCAACUCAAGCAUAUAACCAGAUGUACCCAGAACAGUCAAAUGCAGCAGGACCAUCGAAUGUAGUGGUUCAGACGGUAUAUGUCCAGCCUGGUGCGGUAUUUGGAGAUUUCCCAGUGCAUGUCCACUGCUCUGGUUGUACCCAAAUGGUCCUCACUCGUCUAGUCCACGACAAUGGAGUUCUCACCUGGCUUACCUGUUUGAGUCUUAGCAUUGUAGGCUGCUUGUAUGGAUGCUGCUUGAUUCCGUUCUGUGUGGACAGCUUGAAGGAUGUGAAACACCACUGUCCCAACUGCAAUUCUUUGCUGGGAGUCUACAAGCGGCUGUGACGUCCCAGCAUUCCCGGCAACAACCUUUACAUAUUGAUCCCAAAUCAACACAUCUGUAAAAAUGAUAUUGAGGCUGGAGCUUGUUAACUUUUUGUUAGACUAUUAUAUCAGUUGCAAACUAGCAUACCUGUAGUGCUCUCCAAACGGGAUUUCUGUUUUUGUUUAGAAUUGAGUUUCUAGACCAUGCAACACAUGCACCUUGUAACUGUUUGAAGUGGUAUUACGGUAUUACAUAUGUUCAUAUUUUACAUGUAAGUUAGAGAAAGUAGGUGGAGAAGAAAGGUUAUGAUUUCUCUCUUCAGUGCCUUCUCAGAAUGAUGUAUGCAAUGAAAUUUUUUGACCAACAAACUCGCACACAUUGCCCCUUUAUAUGUCACUUUUUUAAGUAGCGAAGGCUCCUUGCUCAAUCUAUUUUGCUUUAAAUUGUAGCACAAUUUUGAAUAAUAAAAACAAUCUUUAAAAAAUCUGGAUCGUUUUUGUCAUAAUGAAUGAAGGGCUUGACAUGGGUAUACUCAUAAA